AUGAAACCCAAGAGCGACCACACCCAAGUACAAAUGAAAUAUCAUGACGCCAAUACCAUUGGAAAGCAAAUGCAGAAAGCUUGGAAUGCCCAGAAAACUAAGAAAAAGGGCACCAACAAGAGGGGUAAUAGACAGGUCUCCCAGCAAGAAGUCAAAGAAAACAACCUCAGUAUCUCCAAGGAUUACCCUAGAAGUAACACUUUGUUAGAGCCUUGAAUUCUGGCUCCAAAAUAUCACCACAAAAAGUACAGUGCGACUGAAGAUAAAGAGAAAGUUAAAGCAAUAAUGAAUAUUAAAUAUCUUCCUAUAAAGGUGUCAAAACACAUCAAGAAGAAAAUAAAGUAAUAAAGAAUAUGUCCCUCCUGAGGUCCAACUCGACCUUACUGUUGAAGAUCCUUCCAUUACUGUGAAAUCAAAGAAAAUAGAGAAAGUCCCUAUUAGCCCGAAGAAGGUCCGUAAAGCAAGCAUGAAUGAUGAGAAACCGACUCGUAGCAGGAAGAUGCCUAAGUUUCCUAAUCGUGCAGAAAGUCGUCAGAAGAAGAGGCAUUAUAGGAGCCUUGGGUACCCUUCUUCUCCUUCACACAAAACAGAUCAGACAAAAGUUCAAUCAAAGAAAUCUCUGAAGAGCCGAAUUGCAAAGAGACUUAAGAAGAUAACCAAAAGAGCAGGGAAUUUUAUAAACCCAGCUUACAGAUCUCCUAAAAAUCAUACUGUGAAACCUCUUGAGGGUAUGAAAGACUCCUAUGACUCCCUUCAGGGAUCCAAAAUGAAAUCGCCAGGGUUGACUAGCAGGGUAAAGACUGCAAAAUCCUCUCUAGAUCAUGAGAAGAAGUGUCUUCAUCAAGAAUUCUUAAAAUUGGACACUCUUCUCAGAGAGAAGAAGCAAGCUUCUUCAUCAAUAAUGUUUGCUGACUACCUUUGUAUCUUAAAGACCUUCAACCUCGUCUCUCGUGGACCUCUUUCAGAGGAAGAGGAGACCCUAGUGACUAAAACAUGGCACCAAAUAUCUUUCUAUUUUGCAGGGAAUAUAGUAACCAGCUGUGAAAACAUCCGAGUCUUAAUUACUGGUUUGCUUGGAAUCUCCAGUUCAAAUAUUUUUAGAAAGCAGAGAAACUCGUCAAUGAGCUACCAACCAAAAGUAUUCGAGAAGCAUAAGAUGAACCUUGAAGAUAAAACUGGAAAUGCUGACUCAAAGUGCUUCAAGUUUAGAAAUAAAGCUCAUGUUCGACAUCUGCAAAAUGAAUUUUUUGGUAAAAAUAAGAAAAGAGAGGAAAACAUUACUAAGUCAAAGGAAUCACUAGACCCUCCUAAACCAGAGAGAAAGAAGAUAUCAAUAAAAGUGACCAAGCCUCAGAUCGUAAUCCAGACCAAUUUAGAUGAUGAUAAAGAUGAGCACAAAAUUCAUGAAGAUAUUGAGGAAUCGACUGAGAACGCACCCAAACCGACUGAAAUACCCAAGAUACCUGCCAAGUUCACUAUAGAUGAAGACCUCAAGUCCCAAAAUGUGUCUAAAAGUGGAAAAACAUUGAAGAUCAAAUCGCUAUCUAAGCAGCCACAGAGGUUAUCAGGACCUGGUUGCUCAUUUCCUAUAAAACCAACAGAACCACCAGCUCUUGAAUUGGAUGUGUACAUAUCCGAGAACAAGAUGGAGAAGCUCAUAGUUUAUAAACAAGAUGAUCCUGAAGAAAUAACUAAACUAUUUAGUAAAAAGCACAACCUUCCUAACGAGAAGGAGACUCUCCUUCUCAACGUGAUCAGGGACCAAGUCUCCAAAGUCCUCACUUGAAUAAGCGAGGAGGAUGAAGACAUCGAGUAAUUAUUCUAUAACUAUAGACUCA